GCUUCCCAAAAAAAGAUUUUCUUUUUUCUUUUUUCUUUUUUUUUCACCACCUAUUUAUCUAUGCAAUAAAAAUUCAUUCAAAAUCACAUCUUUUUCCAAUGCAUAUAUAAAUAUAUUCCUUCAUUUCUAUCAAAGCUCCCAUUUUUCACACCCCUCUCUUCCUUCUUUUCUUGUGAAUCUCAAUCAAGUUCUUCCUUUUAAUCCAAACCCACUUUUAUUUUCCAUUUUUCUCAAAAGGGUUUGAUUCACUUUCUUCUCCGUCGCCGGACUUCAUGGCGGUUCACGCUCAGUUCUACCCUGAAAACCUUGGCUUUCCCUUCGCCGGCAACCCACCACCGGAUUCCGUCGCUCAGUUUUGCUUCCAGAAACCGCCGCUCAUUUCCUCAACUGAGUUUUUCUCUACCUCUGGCGGAGGCAACAACGCUGGCGACGGUGGCUCUGUUGUUAACUUCUCGAAGAAUCCUCACCGGAGGGCCGCCGCAGCGGCCGGAGCGGCGGGGUUUUCUCAAUGUGUGAGUGCCCAUGUUGAGAAACAGAGACAAGAGAUCGACCAUUAUAUUAGAUUACAGAAUGAGAGUUUGAGAAUGGCGUUGAGAGAGCAAGGGAAGCAACAAAUAGCAGCAUUAAUGAAGAAAAUCGAAUUGAAAACAGCGAUUAUGUUAAGACAAAAAGAAGAAGAAAUAGCCAAAGCUACGAAGAAAACAAUGGAACUCGAAAUUUUCCUGAGAAAAUUAGAAACAGAGAAUCAACUCUGGCAAAGAAUUGCUCAAGAAAACGAAGCCAUGGCUAUGUCUCUCAACAACACAUUGGAUCAAAUGAGAGAAAAAGUUUCCAAUUCCUACGACGAUGCAGAAUCCUGCUGUGACAUGAACUCCGCCGCCGCCGCCGCCGAACAAAUUCCGGCGAGAAACAGAGGAGCAGCAGAGUGUUGCUCUGUUUCAGAACAGGGGAAAAUGAAGAACAAGAUGAUUUGUAGAAGCUGCAAUUUAAGGAAUUCGACAGUGAUUUUCUUGCCUUGUCGACAUCUUUGUUGUUGUAAAGAUUGCGAAACUGUUCUUGAUUCUUGUCCAGUUUGCAAAACGGGGAAGAAAGCAAGCAUUGAAGCUUUGAUUUUCUAAGGGGAAAACUAAACCCAGAAUUUUCUUUUCCGGGAAAAUGAGAAAAUCAAAUAGAAAAUGGUGAUGAUGAACAGAAAAAAUGAAAAAAAAAAAAAUGUCAAUAGAAGAAGCCACUGUUCUUGAACGUUUGUUUCAUUUUUAUUUAUUUUUUUUCUUUUUUACUGUUUCUUCUGAUUUUGGAUUGGAAAAUUGUACUUUAAAACUACCAAAAUGAAGUGGACAGAUUAUUACAGGACA